AUGGCCUCGUCAAGAUUGCCAACUCCUGGAAAACCAGCACUCUGGAUGGAGGAGAAAAACAAGGCAAAAAACAAAGUAUCUAUUACAUGGAGUAGUACCUUGAGCAUGAAAGAAAACGACGUCGAGAAAUAUGAUAUAAUGUACCGUGUAUUGGGAGAUGACGAAUGGACAAUAAAAACAAUCGAUGCCCCCGAUGAUCCGACUGGACAAGUGAAGUCUUGGGUGAAGUUGGAACGCGAUACGACUUAUGUCUUUGCAGUUGUCGCAAAAUAUGAUGAUGGUCAAACAAGUGAAAUGAGUGAAAUAAGUGAGGAUUAUGAGAUCGAUGAUAAUGAAAAAAGCGAAAAUUUGGCUCCAUCCCCAAUCGACAGGGCUUCAGCGAGCGGAAAGAAGAUCAAUACAUCAAAAAAUCCGUCUGUCUAUCAACUUGAAUUGAAAUCAACAUACGUAAGCAAAGACGGGAUGAUUCAGAAAUACGAAUAUGGAAAACGAAGUAAUUAUAGGGCGAGAGAAAGGGUCAUUAUGAUUGUAGGUGCUUCGGGUUCUGGAAAAAGCACUCUGAUCAAUGUCAUGGUCAAUUAUUUGCUUGGUGUAGAAAGGAAUUGUGAAGCAAGAUUUCUACUCAUAAACGAGGAUUCAGCUGCUGACCAAUCAGAAAGCCAAACAAAAUCCAUCAUAGCGUAUACUAUACACAGUGAGAGUGGGAUGCGAGUCAAAGAUACAACGUUAACCAUUAUCGAUACACCUGGUUUUGGCGACACGGCGGGUGUAGAGAGGGAUGAGGAAAUAACAGAACAAAUACAUACGUUUUUUAAAGCAACAAAUGAGGCGAGAAUAAACCAUAUAGAUGCAGUUGGAUUCGUAUCACAGUCUUCACUUCCCCGAUUGACACCUACACAGAGAUACAUUUUCGACAAGAUCCUAUCAAUAUUUGGGAAAGAUAUCAAAGAUAACAUCAUGAUGCUGCUCACGUUUGCAGACGCCCGAGAGCCUCAAGUUCUAAGUGGACUGCAUAAGGCAGGGAUAACAUAUAAAAAAUAUUUCAAGUUCAAUAAUCCUGCCAUAUUCAUAGAGAAGGAAGUGCAAACCGACUUGAUGGAACAUCUUUUUUGGGUCAUGGGAGAGAAUAGCUUCAAACAAUUCUUUGAAGCUCUCAAUACAUGUAAACCGAAGAGUCUAGACUUGACUCAGGCAGUUUUGGACCUCCGGCAAAAGUAUGAGUUGAAUUUAGUACAAAUCCAGAACACCAUCACACUGGGAUUAAAUAAGUUAGAGCAACUUAACGAGGAAAUGAAAAUUGUAGAUAAGCACGAGGAGGCAAUAAAAGAAAACAGAUCGUUCGAAUACACAAUUGAUGAGGAAACGUUGGUGAAGCGCCCAACCAAUAAUGGAGUACUCACUACUUACUGCCUUAACUGCCAUAUAACAUGUCAUGAUAACUGUACAAAAGCAGAUGGAGAGAAAAUUAAUUGUCGAGCUAUGGAUUCCGAAAACGGAAAAUGCAUGACAUGUCCUGGCCACUGUUCACACGCUAUGCAUAAACACGAACCGUUCAUAAUGGUUCCUCACAGAAAAACUGUCAGGAAGACAAAUGAUCACUUAAAAGCACGCUACGAUGACAGCAUGAAAAACAGACUAACGAAAAUUGAUUUGAUGCAGAAGCUGAAAAGGGAAUUUGACAAAGAACGCGAUAAAACGCUGCUUUUAAUAGAUCAAAAUAGACAAACCAUAGAAUAUCUUGACAAAAUCGCCCUAAAGCCAAAACCGAUGUCAACUACUGACUACAUCGACACAAUGAUUCAAGCUGAAACGGGCGACCGGAGUCCUGGUUAUCAAAAACGCAUUGAAGAAUUGUAUACACUCAGAAGAAGAGCAGAAGAAUGUGCUAAACUAUUGCAAGAAGGCCACGAUCCUUUUGUUUCUCAUCGUGGUAUUUUGGAUGAAUUUGAGAAAAAAGACGCCGAAAUGGAAGCUAAACGCAAAAAAUAUAGUGCCUUAGGGGCAAUUGGGUCCUUUUUUGGUGGUUUAAAGGAAGGUUUCCGAAGAGCCAUUAGUAAAAAGGAUAAGAAGCCGAAAAAUUAACCUGUCAAAAGUUCCAUAGUAUGACUAAAUCAGUAUUUUACAAUGAGAAAUUAUGUAUGCCUAAGAUAGGAGAUGACCGGAGGGGAAGAGAUCUAUUCGAUAGAGCUUUGA